AAGGUAAAUCUGCCCAAAUCCAGUUCUUGCUUCAGUAACUUUCUUUGAGACAAAGCCAGGAACCUGAAAGUGAACACCUGCUAAGAUUGGGACCCCGGCUCUGCCUGGUAUGCCUUUCCCAUGUUAAGAGCUAACAAUAGUAAUGGAUACAUCUCCAGGGCAACCAGGACCAUGUCCAAGCAUGCCCAUCUUGGGCUGCCUCGGGGCCUCCUCUGUGCUUUGGGCAGUCCUGAUUGAUGCCUGAUGCCCAGGACAGGCCCACUCUGGCUUCCUUUUGGGGCUCCUUCUGCAGGCGCCUCCUGGCUGCCAGCUUAGUCCUAGCAUAAGGGCCUUCUUCCUUGGCCUGGGUUUCACCUACUUGUAUCAGGUGGCAGACCAGCUGGUUUCAGUCCCGAAUCAGGUCUUCUGACUCCUCCCAGAAACCAACCAACUUCUCAGCAGGAAAUCCUGCCCCUCCCCAAAGAGUGGGAAACCGCAAAGGAAGAGAGAGAUGAAACAGAAGGAAAGGCAGAGGAGGAGGGAGAGAGAGAAGAGAAGUGAAAGAAAAAAAGAACAUCAAUAAAAAGAAGUCAAACUUGUUGUCGAAAGCUCUGUAGGUUUUCUCUGUGUGUCCUACAGGGAUCUUCGGGCCAGGUCCACAUCUGAUGGCUUUUAUGAAAAAGUAUCUCCUCCCCAUUCUGGGGCUCUUCUUGGCCUACUACUACUAUUCUGUCAAAGAAGAAUUCAGACCAGAGAUGCUCCAAGGCAAGAAAGUAAUUGUCACAGGGGCCAGCAGAGGAAUCGGAGAAGAGAUGGCUUAUCAUCUGGCGAAGAUGGGAGCCCAUGUGGUGGUAACAGCGAGGUCAAAAGAAAAUCUACAGAAGGUGGUAUCCCGCUGUCUGGAGCUUGGUGCAGCUUCAGCACACUAUGUUGCUGGCACCAUGGAAGACAUGACCUUCGCAGAGCAAUUUGUUGCCAAAGCAGGAAAACUCAUGGGAGGACUAGACAUGCUCAUUCUCAACCACAUCACCAAAACUUCUUUGAGUUUUUUUCAUAAUGACAUUCACUUUGUGCGCAAAAGCAUGGAGGUCAACUUCCUCAGUUAUGUGGUCCUGAGUGUAGCCGCCUUGCCCAUGCUGAAGCAGAGCAACGGAAGCAUUGUUGUCGUCUCCUCGCUUGCUGGAAAAAUAGCUCACCCAUUGCUCGCUCCCUAUUCUGCAAGCAAGUUUGCUCUGGAUGGGUUCUUCUCCUCCAUCAGGAAGGAAUACUCACUAGCCAAGGUCAAUGUAUCAAUCACUCUCUGUGUUCUGGGUCUCAUAAACACAGACACAGCUAUAAAGGCAGUUUCUGGGAUACUCGAUUCUCAUGCAGCUCCAAAGGAGGAAUGUGCACUGGAGAUCAUCAAAGGGGGAGUUCUGCGCCAAGAGGAAGUAUAUUAUGACAGCUCACUGUGGACCUCUCUCCUGCUAGAAAAUCCAGGGAGGAAGAUUCUGGAAUUUAUCUUCCCAAGAAGAUACACUGUGGACAAAUUGAUAAGCUACUAGGAACCCCUGUAGGGCUGAGCACACUGAGGGAUUUGGGACUGUUCUGUCUGAUAUUUAUCUGAGCUCUCUCCAUGAAAGCCUCUUUCCAGAGGGAUAACUAGAAUGCCCCCAGAGAGAAGCAGGUCAUGGGUCACACUUGACAAUUGGAAGAAGUUCCUCUAACACUUGCACAGUGGAAAUGUAAUUAUAAUGAAUGUCAUGAACCACUGAAGCCUGCAGUUAUAAAACUGAUAGUAACCAUAGGUAUAAUUACAAGGUAGUUAUAUCAAAUUUAUCUCUGACAUAUAAUAAUAUGUGAUGCUUAAUACAAUAGUAAUUAUAAUAAAGAUCACAUACACUUUGUAAAUUCAUAACUGGUAGCUAUAACUUUAGUAAAAGGUUUCUUUAAAACCAUAAACUACACAAAUGAAAUUUUUCAAUACUUCUUUCUUA